AUGGAUUUAAAGGAUUAAAGUUUAGAUCAAUAGUUGAUUGAUUCUUUAAAGAAUAGAAAAUUUAAAAUUGCAUCUCGUAGUUCUUAGCUUGCGCUAUCAUAAACUUAUGAAGUAAUUGACUUGCUAGUAGGUGUAAAGGAAUUAGGUUUGACUAAGGAAAAUUUUGAAGUUGUUCCAAUUUCUAAUGCUCCUGGAGAUUAAAACUUAAAAGAUCCUCUGUACGUUAUGGGAGGAGUAGGAGUUUUCACUAAAAUUGUUGAAGUAGAAUUAUUAAAUAAAAAUGGAGAUAUCGCUGUCCACUCUUUAAAAGACUUACCUACUAUUAUUGAUGAGAGAUUAUUCAUAGGAGCUGUACCACCAUUAAAGCCUAGAGGAGAUGUAGUAAUUUUUAAUGAAAAGCAUAAAGGAAAAGAAUUGAAGGAUUUGCCAGAAGGAAGCGUAAUAGGUACUUCCUCACUUAGAAGAAUUACUAAUUUAAAAAAUAGAUACCCUCACUUAAAGUAUGAAAAUAUUAGAGGAAAUUUAAACACUCGUUUAACUAAAUUAGAAAAUGGAUAAUAUGAUGCAAUUAUUUUAGCUGAAGCAGGAGUAUUUAGACUUGGAUGGAUAGAAAAAGUAGGACAGUUUUUGAAAUAAGAAGAUUUCUUAUAUGCUCCUGGUUAAGGAGCUCUUGGAGUUUAGUGUAGAGCAGAUGAUAAAGAAGCCAUAGCAUUGUUGUCAUAUAUAAAUCAAAAAGAACCUAGAAUUAGAGUUGAUGCUGAGAGAUAGUUUUUAAAUAAGCUUGAAGGAGGUUGCAAAUUACCUAUUGCAGUUCACAGUGAAAUUAUAGACUAGACUUUAAGAUUAACUGGUUAAGUUUGGAGUCUUGAAGCAGAUAAAACUAUUAGAGAAGUCAUAGAAGGUCAUAUUUCUGAUUAAGAUUUGGGAUUAAAGCUUAGUGAAAAAAUGAAAUAAGCAGGAGCUGGUGAAAUAUUAGAGAAAAUACGUUCAUAAAUUGAUAAAAAAGAAAAUGAAGAGUGA